AUGCCGCUGGGCCUGCCACGCACGCCAACCAGCCUCUCCCGCCUGCGCUGCCUGGCACACGACCUGUAUCAGCAGCUCACAGCGCAUGACCCUGGGCAGCGGCCAUCGGCUGCUGGCGCACUCAGCCACCCAUGGCUGGGGUUGGCGUGA